CUCACUCUCUCACUCACUCACCCAAUGGGUAGAACUCCUUGCUCUGAUAAAGAGCAAAUAAACAAAAAGGGACCUUGGUCCAAAGAGGAAGAUGAACUCCUCAUCAACUACAUCAACCUUCAUGGCCAAGGCAAUUGGAAAUCCAUUCCCAAAGCAGCAGGCUUGCUUCGAUGUGGCAAAAGUUGCAGACUCAGAUGGACGAAUUACCUGAGACCCGAUCUCAAGAAAGGGAACUUUACCGAAGAAGAAAGUAACCUCAUCAUUCACCUCCAUAGCUUACUUGGAAACAAAUGGUCUCAAAUAGCUACAAGUUUACCCGGAAGAACAGAUAACGAGAUCAAGAACUACUGGAAAAGCCACCUCAAGCGUUACCUCUAUGCCCUAGGAAUCGAUCCUGUAACCCAUAAACCAUUCAAGGAAGACACCAACACCACAAGUACUCCACCAAAUAAUUCUAUGGCCACCACCACAAGCACCAUCCCCCGCAUCUAUUAUUUUAAUGUCUUUCUCAAUUCAAAGGUGCAUAUUAGCGCCGAUGAUGAUUAUUCAGCUGAUGGUGGUGCAGACUCAAAUAGCAGCAGUGGUGUUACCAUAGAGGAAGCUUCUCCUCAAGUCAACUUGGAGCUUUCCAUUGCUCCACCCUCUCAGCCUCAUGAAGAUGCUGCUUCCGUGAAACCCUGAAUAAUGGUUGAAACCACAAGAGCAACAAGAAGUGCAUGUUUUGUCAACAACAAAUGGGAAUGUUAAUUAGUGAAUCAAUGUGUGUGUGCCUGUGGUGCAAUGUAGGAAUGCAAAUUAACCCAACUUGUUGCUGCAAAGCUAAGGGUUUUGUUACUGCUACUAUAGUUACUCCACCUAUUAGUAACAAUGAUGUGUGUCCAUUUUUGUAAGGCCAAGAAUAUGAAUAUUUGAGGUUUACAACUGAGGCUUAAUAAGGUGGUGUCUUUAAUUACAUUUUUUAGAAAUUUUCAGAUGAUUUUGGUUUCAA